CAAUCGCACAUCUACUUUCCUAUCCUCUCCCCAAGAUAAGCCCCCUUCCCCAUCAUCAACCAGACACAUACUUGCAUUCAAAAUGGCAGCACCCGCCUGCGCAUCAUCCACCAUCGCCGCCGCCGCCGCAGUUGCUUUCUCUUCCCGGAGCUCCCAAACGAAGAUUAGUCCUUUCCUCUCCGGAAGAAAACUAAGAGUGAAGAAGUACGCUGCCGCCACUUCAUCAAGGUCGUCGACGGUAUGUGCUGCGGCGGCUGAUCCCGGCAGACCCAUCUGGUUCCCUGGCAGUACCCCUCCUCCCUGGCUCGAUGGCAGCCUCCCUGGAGAUUAUGGUUUCGAUCCUCUUGGUCUUUCAUCUGAUCCGGAAAGCUUGAAGUGGAACCAGCAGGCCGAGCUUGUGCAUUGCAGAUGGGCGAUGUUGGGUGCCGCAGGCAUUUUCAUCCCGGAGAUCCUCACAAAGCUCGGGAUUCUGAACAUUCCUUCAUGGUACACAGCCGGGGAGCAAGAGUACUUCACCGACAAGACAACUCUCCUUGUUGUCCAGCUCGCUCUCAUUGGUUGGGCAGAAGGGAGACGUUGGGCAGAUAUCGUCAAACCAGGUAGUGUAAACACGGAUCCCGUCUUUUCGAACAACAAGCUUACUGGAACAGAUGUUGGCUAUCCGGGAGGGUUAUGGUUUGACCCGCUGGGUUGGGGCUCUGAUGGUUCUCCUGAGAAGAUCAAGAAGUUGAGAACCAAGGAGAUCAAGAAUGGAAGGCUAGCCAUGUUGGCGGUUAUUGGCGCAUGGUUCCAACAUAUCUACACUGGAACGGGGCCCAUUGAUAACCUCGUGGAUCACCUCGCCGAUCCGGGCCAUGCCACUAUUUUCGCUGCUUUCACCUCCAAGUGAAGAGGAAAGAAAUCUUUAAAAAGCAUCGUGUUGAUGAAGAUAUAUAGAAGCAUGAAAGAACGUAGGCUAUUGGAGAGAGAUUGACAGAUAUGCUCAUCCUUGGAUCAUAUGUUCAUUCAUGAAGACAGGAGCGUUGUUGCUUGAGACAUUGUCUUGUAGUGUAUAACAGAUUAUGCAGUACUUAUUGUGUAUGUACAAAAUAUUUAAAUCAGGUACCUUAACUAUUUAUACCGAUGCAUUUUGGUAUUUUAACUAAAAAAUAAAGCAAUUUUACUACUACAUUUAAAUGUAUCAACAAGUGGUCUGUUCUAAAUGCUAGUCGGAAUUUCAUAUCUAUAUAAUUAUAUAUAAUACAUCUAUAUAUAGAUAAUACAUUU